AUGACAGAAAUAGCAAAUCUUCUACAGGUUCCAUUAAAACAAGGGACAAACAAAAAGGGUGUAUAUUAUAAUAGAACUAUGAAAGUUCCAGAUGGAAUGAAAGAAUUAGUUCAUAUUGUUGCUGGUCUUCAAAAGGAUGUUAAACAAAUGAGAAACGUUUUAACAUUACCAGAAGCUCAAGCAUAUGCCAAACGUCAUGGACCAAAUUGGGAAGCACAUGAAGCAGACAUUACAGGACCAAAUGGAAAACCUGAUGGUAUAAAUGAAGUUUUCGUUACUGAUGGUCAAGGUAAUAUUAAAGUCAUAAAUGGUUAUAAAUUAACUGUAUCUGAUUAUCCUAAACGUAAAGCAUAUAAUGAACGUUAUCCUAUACAAUUUGAUGAAAAUGGAAAAGCUAUUAAACAAUACAUUGGAGAAGGUGAAAAUGGUCCAACGUAUUCAUACCAUCUUAUUCCAUAUUCUUAUUUCAAUGAAAAAUUAAAUGCUGUUGAAGAGGGACCGGAUGGAUUACCACGAUAUGUUAAUUAG